UUUCCCAUCAUCACGUUGACCCGCGACUCAUGGCUGGAGAGGACGAAGUGGACGGCCUCACGGCUGGUGUGACGCCCUCGUCAUCAACUGCGGCUGCAGCAACAGCGCCGCGGCGUCCACAGCACGCAGGCACCGUCUACCGACCCAGCUCGCGCUUCUCUUUUCCCCGCGCUGCGCAGCCUGAGAUCGUGCGAGCCUACCAGAAGGAUGUUUACUAUCGCGACAUGCUCCGGGACCAGCUUCAGGACGUAGCCAGGAGUGUACUGGGCAGCCGCACACUGUUUGCCCACGCAGAGACGAUCUCGUUCCUGGGCAGCGUCGCCUACUUUACGCUGAGCACCCUCGGAGGCGCCCAGACGCUCGGCGAGGAGUAUGUCAAUGCCAUGAUGACCGAUGGCAAGACUGGCAGGAUUGUCGCUCUUCGCCGACGAUCUGCGUUCAUCUUCUUCCACGUCGUCUCGCCUUACCUUCUUUCGAGAGUCUAUGGCGCGAGCCGGAGGCGGAUCGUGGCGAGCCACCAGCAGCGCUCUCAGGCACUGCAACGAGCGAGGCUACGAGCGGCUGCCGUUGCACCUCGGCGUGGUCCCGAGGCGGAAAAGGCCAAAGCAAGGGAGCCUCAGCCCAGCCGGCUCGACCGGCUCGUUGGAAUCCUGGCCGAGAGACUACCUUCGAUGGAGUCCUUUAAUGCCUCGGACGGAUGGCUAGCCUACGCCAGCGCCGCUCACCUUGCGCUCUUCUACCUCGGGAGCCGAUACUAUGCCUUUGGACAGCGCAUGGCCGGCGUCGAGUACAUUUCCACAAUCGCCAGGCGGCCGGGCUCGAAGCCGCCGUCGUACGAGGUGCUUGGUUUCCUGCUGGGCUUGCAGCUCGUCAUCAAGAUGCUUCUCGGUGCCAACCGGUGGCGUGUGGCUCGCAGCAAGGCCAAGAAAGAGAAGUUGAUGAGUGAGGGAAAGUGGGAGGAGAAGCGCGAGGCGGAGCGGGAGCAAGACGAAAAGGAGGUCGUUCACCUUGACGACGUCGCCUGGACCCACAAGACGCAGCCGCCGACCAGGACCGAAUCAGGGACCAGGGAGGAAGAUCACGGCAGAGUGCCGUUGUCCUAUGCGGACCCCGACGCGCUGAGCUCUGCCGCCGAGCUGGGUCUGGACAAGGGAGCGUCACGAGAGCAGCUCGAGGCGAGCCGGGGUGCAGCACGAGUCAAGGCGGCCGAACUGGAGGCUGUGGCCGAGUCGGUGCUCAAGUGUACGCUGUGCAUGGAAAAGAGGGAACCGGAAAAGGGGACGAGCGCCGUGACGGAGUGCGGCCACGUCUUUUGCUGGGACUGCAUCGUGGGCUGGGCGAGGGAGAAGCCAGAGUGCCCCCUCUGUCGACAAUCUCUCAACCCAUCUCACAUCCUUCCUAUCUACAACUUUUAGCCUGAUAUACAUCUCUCCUCUUCUUUUGUAAUCUAUCAAUGGAC